GUCUCGCGCAACAACUUAGUUGUACAACAGAUGCGGACACAGCCUCAAUGCCAUCAUGCAGAUGAUGCUUCGUAUUCCUUGGCGAUCGAUCGUCGAGGGGUACACUGAAUAUUGACAGUACAUAAUAUAUUUUUUCAGUGCCGAUGGUACUUAUGUCUUCUCUGAACCAAUGUUCGGCUGAAUACUUUGAUAACCUAGGAUACUCGGGAAUAGAGUCUAGGGACAAGUAUCGCAAUGCAGUGCCAGGCAGUGCCUUGCAAUCUUUUGCGGUCGUAUAGGUGACGUGGCACACAGCCAAUAACGAGUCCGUGCCUUGCAGUCUAAUGGUCUUUGUCAUUUUAGAAAGUUGUGAUUGACUCGCAUAAAAUCAAUUGUGAUCCUGCUUGGAUGAUACCACCAACAAAUCUCCCACUCUCCUCUCACGACUCUACGUCGACUCCGCAUUGACAUUGCAGCUUAAUGAUUUACAAACUCUUCUUUGCGGCAUUGGUGUUUCCACUGAAGGGAGCACUGAUAAGAUGGCGGGCAAAUUUCACUCCCAAGGUUCAACCUGUUCCAGAAUUGCCCUUGAUCGACGAUGUCCAACAUGUUUCUCAACCUCGGUCGUUGAUAGGCGUGUUGCGACGAGUCAACACAGAAGAGGGAAUUGACGGUUUGUACAAAGGAAUUCUCCCUACCCUCGGUUUCAUGCUAUUCUGGGAGCAAAUGUCUAUCCCAUCCAUUGUGGUCGUCGGAUAUCUUCACUUUGGGGUGUACGACCAGAGUACUGUUGUUAUAAUUGCCAUCGCUUCUCUCAUAAAAAUCAUUGCAACUGUAAUCGAGGCUGUCUUUGUCAAUCGGGCUGUGACAACUCGGGAAGACAUCCCUUCAUUCUCUUUACGAAGAGCGCUUGAUGCAUUGCUCUCUCCGACUGAAAGGAGGCACCCUUAUCGCAUAUUUAUCAUCCCAGGCUUGCUCGCGGCCUGCACUUCAUGGGUUUUAUAUAUCGUAAGCACUAUCGGAGCACGCCACCUUCUGUUCGUCACACAAUUUCCGGAGAACUUUGGGAACUGGGAGGACAUGAGGCCCCACAUUCCUCUCUUGGUUACUGCCGUCAUCUUCUCGCUCGCCCUUAAUGCUCUGGUGCUCACUCCACUGGAAGUUAUGAUGGUUCGACUGUCUAUCCAAGCCAAGGCGACUCAAGUUGCACUUCUCCUGGAUACACCACCGGUUGAAGUCAUCGAACCUGUCAGACUCAGGACUGAUAAAGAUGAAUAUACCGGACUCAUCAGUUGUGCGAGGCUGAUUAUUCAGGAGGAAGGUUGGGGUGUGCUUUAUCGUGGGUGGUGGUGGACAGCUUUCCGUGGUAUACUCUUUAUUUGAAUUUGUGUAAAGUAUAGAAGUAUCCCGACAUAAUUAUUUGGCCGUUUGUUGGCAAUGAUGCCGAACGGCACGCAAAGUCCGG